GGCCCAUAUAGAGUAGUAGUAAACAACUAACAUAUAAACGGCAGUAGCCCUGAACAGUUUUAACCUAGCAUCGUCGUCGUCUCCUCCAACAGCAGAGCCAGAGAAGCCAGAAGAUUAUCUGUGAUCGACCAUGGGAAAGGUGCACGGUUCAUUGGCUCGGGCCGGGAAGGUGAGAGGUCAGACACCGAAAGUGGCUAAGCAGGACAAGAAGAAGAAGCCUCGUGGUCGUGCUCACAAGAGAUUGCAACACAACCGCCGUUUCGUCACCGCCGUUGUUGGCUUUGGCAAGAAGAGAGGACCGAACUCAUCUGAGAAGUAGACUGGACCAAUAUUUACCUUUUGGUGUGUUUAUUUUUUAUAAUGUUUCUUUAGUUACGAAGCCAAUGCUACUUGUUGAUUUCAUUUGUGUUACAUUUUUUCUGUUCGGAUUAUAACUUACUUUCUUGUUGUAUCAGAUCUUUUGUUUUCUUAUAAUGGAUUAGAGGUGAAAACCUUGGAU